UGAGUCCGUCUUUGCCUCUUUCUUUCCCUCCUUCGUGCGCUCCGCUGUCAUCCGUCCACUCUCCUUUCUUUUGCUCGUUUCUUAUCCCCCCUGCCCGCUCUCUCUCUCUCUCUCUCUCUCUCUCUCUCUCUCUCUCUCUCUCUCUCUCUCUCUCCGUGUUUCCCCACUCAUCUGCUUAGUUGUCUGUCUGUCUGUCGGGUUGUCUGGCUGCCCGCCUGUCUUCCUUUGGGGUUGGUUCCGUAGUUUGCUGUUUUUGGAGUGGUGUAGCAUAUGUACUAUUCUUUUCUCUUUUCUCCGUUUCUCUGUGUCUCCGGCUGUCUGCACUUCUGUUCUGGUAUCCGUGUCUUUCUGUCACUCUCUCCUGGGCCUGCUCUUCGGAUCGGACGGUUGCUAGCUGCGGCGGACUCCCUCCCUCCACGAACAAUCCACACGAUUCCCUGCGCUGUCAGAAGAGUACCCCCCCCCUACCGAUUCUGCGCGGGGGACGAGGGGGUGGUGACGAUGUUGUUGAGUGAUUGGAAGCGGCACAGCAUGUGACGAGGGGAAGAAGGGGGCAAGGAGGAUGUUGGGACGAGAAUGCGCGUUAGAAACAGGCCACGUGGCGUGGCUGAGGAGGUGAGGGAAAGCGGGGUGGGGUCCUGGCGGGGUAAUGCGGCCGCGUCGCCGGCCGGGGAACCAAGGGUGGCGGCCGCUUUGCAACGGGUUUGGGAAUGACUUCGGUGGGCCAUGUGGGGUGUCUCCCUACCGAUAGCGCAAGCGUGGGGUGCGUGGCGAGCAGGGGGGAGAAGGGGCGCAGGAAAAAGGAGAGGUCAAAGACCCCCGCAGCAUCUGAAAUGGCGACGGAUCCCGAUUCCACGUCGUCGUCGGCAGUUGCCAAAUCGCAUCACAAGUCUAAUAAGUCCGUGAUGUCGGGGGAUUUGACGCCUCCGGUCCGCACACCGAGCCACGCGCGGCCGCCUCCCCCGCUCCCUCCGGGGAGCAUGUCGUCGUCCAACUCUUCGCGUCCACCGGGAGGCGCCGCAGCGUGCGCCGCGGCAACUGCCGCGGCCUCGUCGUCCGCGGGCUCCCGACGAAACAGUCUUCAGCUGUCGCGCAAAAGUUCCGUCGACAUGAAUGGCAAUUCGACGGCGAUGCCCGCGGUAAUAGACGGGAGUUGGCGGGGAAUCGGGGGCGAAGACGGGGGAGCAACAAGUGGUGGUGGGGGGGGAAGGGAGAGGUCUCCACCCGGCGAGGUGCGCCCAAAGAGUGUCGUCGCCGCGAGCGCGGAACCCCUCUCUGCUCGCAACAGAUCAUUCUGGGCUGGGGAAAGGCUUCAUCCUGUGGAGCCGCAGGAGAACGGCGCCAUGGCGGCGCUGGGCGUUUCCGACGGGGGAUCCGGCGGAGAUAGCGCGGGGGGCAGCGCUAGUGAGGGGAGACCCAAGGUGGCGGGGAUUCUGUACAAGUGGGUUAACUUCGGCCGAGGCUAUCGUCCGCGCUGGUUCGUCCUGGACAAGGGUGUCCUCUAUUACUACAAGGUGCAUGGGCCUGAGAAGGUCAAUAUCAGCUUGGAGAAGAUGAGGAGGGGCGAGCUUUUGACAAUAGGAGAGGAGGCGCUGAAAAUGGAGCGGAAGGAGAAGCAGCUUUCCACAACGGGAUUUUCUACCGACCUUAAGAAGCUGGCUAAGGCGGCGCAGCAGCAAGGCCUGUGGGGGGCUGCCACGUUGGCAACGGGCAUGAACGCGGUCUCAACUGCCUCUGGGAUGUCCUCCAUCUCGGGGGUGGAGUCAGCGGAAUACACGCGCGAGUUCAAGACCGCCAAGUGGCAAGGCCAAGUCCAUCUCCAGUUCGCCAAUCUGAGGGAAUCCCAGUCCGACGACAAAAAGUUCUACAUCUGCACGGGCAGCAAGACCAUGCAUUUGAUCGCCGAGGGUAGGGAGGACAGAGCGCACUGGAUGGAGCACCUACAGAUCGCCAAGGAGAGGUUCCGCAGUCUGGAUCGCAGAUAUCCCUUGGGAGAGCUGGACGAUUCGCUCAAGCAGACGCUGGAAAGCGUCAGGAUGACUCUUCUGGAUGCGUCGGUGGCGGAGGACGUGGUCGCAAAGUGUGAAGAGAUGGUGAAGUCCGAGAUGAUGAUCUGGCAAAUGAGAUUGGAACAGGAGUCGUCAAAGCGAGAGUCAUUGCAGAAGGCGUUGCGCAACUUGGAGGUCGAAAAACUGGAGCUAGAGUCCACGGUGGUGGUUGGGGAGACGUUGAGGAAGAAGAGCAUGCCGAAGAGGGAGAGGAGCGGAAGAUCGAGAUCGAUGACGAUAGACACAAGCGAGGUAUUUACGCCAAUGGAGGAUGGGGAUGGGGAGGGCACGCCGUCGUCGGAGACGGACGAAGAGAAGGGAGAAGGGAUGUUGGCAAACGGCGGCGCAGACACGUCGGAUGAAGAUAAUGACGAGUUCUUUGAGGCGGUAGGUGAAUGCGAUCUGAGUAACUAUGAUGAUGUCUUAGGUUGUUUGGGGAUGGGGGGAAAUGUAGAGUGUGGGAAUGGGGAUGGGGAUGUGUUCGCCUCUGGCGAAGAAAGAGGAGGAUUGUCCGAGCGGGCAGAUACGGGGGAGCAGCAGUGGAAGCGUCGGCGGCAGCGGCAGCAGCAGCAGCAGCAGCAGCAGCAGCAGCUGAUAGUGAGCAGAUGGCUGAAAGUCGAGCAAACGUUACCCCCGUGUAUGGAUGUGGUGUUUGUUGUGGUUGGCUGGUGUUCGGGGGUGUGGAGUACGCCUGCGGGAGUUCACCGUCAAGUGGAUGGAGACUCGUCAGAAAUGGUGUGAUGGAUCAUAAUACCCAACGCAAUAAGGAGAAGAAGUGGAAGGAACUCUUUACUCUUACCAUUCAUUAUCUCGUCGCCCAUGAUUAGAUGCCUCUUCCCCGCGAUGAUUGUAAGUCACACACACACACACACACACAGACAGACACACACACACACACACACACACACACACACACACACACACACACACACACACACACACACACA